AUGAAGACAAUGACAGGAUGCGCGACCAAAACGAACGUAAAGUUGAAGCUAUGCAUCAACUACUUCGACACCCCGAGCAGAUUUGUAGUAGAUGGUCCAUGGGUUCUUUUUGACCAAGGAUAUGAUGUUCGUAUUGGUGACCGCAUAGCUCUGACCGCCAUCUUCUCUUCGCUGGUCCACUUUCGUUUUAGUGCGACUGAUCCAGGCCCGGGCGAUCGUGGGCGAGCGUGGCGUCUGGGGUGA